CUCAUCAGGUCUGCUGCCCAGAGCACUUUCCUCCUGGCCGACGCACCCCCUGCCCCGCAUGCAGCCCGAAAAUGGCGACAACGGCGACGACGAGAGCAGCGCCCCGACCCACGGGCGCUGGAGCUCCUCGGCCGUACUCUCUGACCUGAUCAGCCCGCACUCGACUGACCCCAAAACCACCAGCACAUGCAAAGUCGUCUGCUUGACUGGCGGGCCGUGCGGAGGCAAGACCUCUGCCCUUUCUAUUCUGUCCGACCUCUUUCGAAACCUCGGAUGGAAAGUUUAUCGGGUGCCUGAAACGGCAACGCACCUCCUGAGCGGCGGUGUGGUCUUCUCGGAGCUCUCGCCCCAGCAAACGUAUUCGUUCCAGAAGGAUCUCUUGACCGUCAUGCUCAGCAUCGAGAACACCUACAUCAACCUUGCCAAGCUGAAUGCAAAGCAGGGCCAGAAGACCAUCGUGAUUACCGACCGGGGUGCAAUGGACCCAUCGGCAUACAUCGACCGGGCAUCGUGGCUCAAGAUUCUGGCCGAGCUCAAUCUGGACGAGAUUUCAAUCAGGGACCAUCGCUAUGAUUGCGUUGUCCACCUGGUCACUGCGGCCAAGGGAGCGGAGCAAUUCUACACACUGUCAAACAACUCGGUCCGCAGCGAGGGCCUCGAGCUGGCUCGGCACCUGGACAAUCUGGUCAUGAACGCAUGGCUUGGCCAUGCGUCGCUCCAAGUUAUCGAUAACGAAAGCGUUCCCAAUUUCACCGCCAAGUGCGAUCGCAUCGUCCAGGCCGUGCUUACCCGCCUCGGCGUGGUGGCCGACAACGAAAUCUACGGCCGAGCAGUCAUGAAGCACAAGUUUGUCGUGCGCGACUUUGUCCUGACAAACGAGUUCCCUGUGCCUUUCCGUGACUUUGAAGUUGAACACAUCUAUCUCGUGAAUCCUACCGGAGAUGGCUCGCAGAUCCGCAUCAGAAGGCGAUCCGAGCAGCUCUCAGCUGAAGAGCACUUGUCCAUGACGAUGAGACGAGUCGGUCCCAACGGUCAAAUGGCCGAGAGCCGUCGUAACCUCACCCACCGAGAAUACGAUAUCUUGCGUGGCCAGAACGACCCCACCCGCAGCAUCGUCAAGAAGAUCCGCCGCUGCUUCCUCUUCAACGAUCGCUAUUUCCAACUGGAUGUCUUCCAGUCUACCAAGCACGCCGGCUUGAUGAUGCUGGAGGGCUAUUUGGACUAUGAUUCCGAAGAAACGACCAACGGUGCGCCUGCCCCCGGCGUCAACCAGGACCGCCUUCCGCCAUGGCUGCAGGUCGAAGAGGUGACCAAGAACAAGGAGUACUCCAUGUAUGAGCUUGCCAAGAUCUGAGCGAGCCAUGCCACCAGUGCAUAUGUGGCAUCAACAACCAACACGAGAACGACCCACACCUGCAUCGCCAAAUGAGACGAUGCCUGAAUCCGAGAGGCGGGGAAUGCAGGGUUCGUCGGGGCUCUGCCCCAUGUCCACCACUGUCCUUGCGGAGAUACUUGGCAGUGGUGUCGCUGGACUGCUGCCUCACGCAAUCAGAAUAAAGCCCUCACUACUCAUUGCA